UACUGGGGGACCCCUCAAUCCCCAAAGCCCCUCCCCUGGGCAUCCGUGCCACGGUCUGGGAACCACGGCGGGGUUGGAUCAAGGGGUGCACUUGAUGAUCUGGGAGGUCUUUUCCAAGCCGGCUGAUUCUGGGAUUCUCUGGGUGCCAUUGCCAGGGCAGCACAUGCUGGAGGCUCUGUCCACAGGGGAUAGAUGUGUCUGUGCAGACAGAGAGACAAGGUCAGUCUGCAAAGAUGUGGGGUUAGAAAAGCAGGAGAAGUUGUGGGGUGGUUGUGGAAGGAGAAAGAAGCCCCCAGGCCAGUGCAAGCAGGCCCCCCUGGGCUUGCACAUCAUCUGCCCUCCCUGCAGGUUCCUGUGCUGGAGAGCAGGCCCUGAGGUGGCCCUGAGCAAUGGCCCGGAGGUGAGCCCAGAGGUGUCCCUGAGGUGGCCCUAAGAAGAAGUGGAAGGCAGAGGUGGUGCUGAGGCAGGAGAGCCCCGUGCUGGGGAAGAGGCUGAUCUGGGAGUGCCCAGCAGCGAGAAGGUGCUGUGUCCAUGCCCUGUGUGCCAGCAGGAUUUGUCCUUCCCAAAGCUUGGACAGAUGGAGGAGGAGGCUGCGAGGACGAGGAAGCUGCUACGGGCCCCCCAGGCAGGCCCCGAGCUGAGGACGGAGAGCACGGAGGACAAAUCCCCCCGGCAGAGCCUGGUGGGAGAGGCUGUUUUGAAGGGCUCCCCGGCACAGGAAGGGAGCGGGGAGGAAAAGGCCUGGAGAUGCCCCCGGAGGAGGGGCUGCAAAGCCAGCCCAGGGAGCUCUGAGGAGGAAAGACCCGUCCUGUGCUGGGAAGGCGGCUGGAGCUUGAGCCGGAGCUCUAAGCUGGUGGUCCCUGAGCAGCCUCCCAGCAGGGAGAAGCCCUUGAGGUGCUUGGAAUGUGGGAAAAGCUUCAGGAAGAGCCCUGACCUCCUCAGGCACCAGCACAUCCACACUGGGGAACGGCCCUACACAUGUGGAGAAUGUGGGAAGAGCUUCAGGCAGAGCUCCAACCUCCACAACCACCAGCUCAUCCAUACCGGGGAACGGCCCUAUAAGUGCUUAGAAUGUGGGAAGAGGUUUCAGACCAGCUCCAAUCUCCUCCUGCAUGAGCGGAUACACACAAGGGAGAGGCCCUACAAGUGUUUGGAAUGUGGGAAGAGGUUUCAGACCAGCUCCAAGCUCCUCAGGCAUGAGCAGACACACACAGAUGAGAGGCCCUUCCGCUGCACCGACUGCGGGAAGGGCUUCAACCGGAACUCCACCCUCGUCACCCACCGGCGCAUCCACACCGGGGAGAGGCCCUACAAGUGUGGGGAGUGUCGGAAGAGCUUCAAACAGAGCUCUGCCUUGGCCUCACACCAACGAACCCACCAGUAAGGGAAGCCCUAGGAGUGCCCUGACUGCAGGAAGAGCUUCGGCUACUGCUGCCACCAUGAAUGACCCCCUGAUGGUGAGGCAACGCCUGGAGUCCAGUGACUGUCAGUCCAUCCCUUUCCACCAGAAGGGACCAGUCCCCUUUGCCAGGGGCAGAUUGUGCCAACAUAACCCUUCUUGGGGGGUGUGUGCAGAUUCCUGCCUUGGCUGGGACCCCCCAAGGUCACUGCUGGAGGUUGAGAGCAGAGAUCUCCCCACGAGCGUUGGUCUGGGGGAGUUCCAUCCAUCUCUAAUUCAUAAUUCUUGCUUUGGUGCCAGCUUGAGUAGAAUUGCUUCAACAAUUGCUUUAGUGUAGAGCACUGUCCUAUAUUAUGCUGUCCUACUGGUAGUUUUAGUGUUUCUAUUGUGCAGUAAAUAAUUCUGAUGAAGAUC